UGAGAUUAAAAAAACAAAAGCAAAUAAAAGUGUAGAGCGACUUCUCUCAUCCCAACCUCUCACUGCCAUUAUCUUUCUCUCAAUUUCUUGCUUGAAAAGACAGGCAAACAACAAAACAAGAGGAAACAAAGCUAACUAUAUUAACCUAUUUAAAUCAAAAGCUUUAACUAAAGCAAAGAGUUCUUUUCCUUUAGGGUUUGAAUCGAAUUGAAGAAGAUGGUGGACUUUGGUCGCGUACAAAAGGAGCUACAAGAAUGUAGCAGAGACAUGGAGGCUUCAGGCAUCAAAAUCGCCCCUGUUUCUGACAAUCUCGUCCAUUUAUCGGGUACCAUACCUGGACCCAUCGGCACUCCUUACGAAGGCGGCACUUUUCAUCUCGACAUCAAAUUGCCAGAUGGGUAUCCUUUUGAGCCUCCCAAAAUGCAUUUUGUGACCAAAGUUUGGCACCCUAAUAUAAGCAGUCAAAGUGGAGCAAUUUGCCUAGAUAUCCUGAAGGAUCAAUGGAGCCCAGCACUUACUCUGAAGACAGCACUUCUCUCUGUACAGGCAUUGCUGUCUGCUCCUGAACCUGAUGACCCUCAAGAUGCCGUGGUAGCUCAACAGUAUCUUAGGGACUAUCAGACUUUUAAAGGAACAGCUCGCUACUGGACAGAAAAUUUUGCCAAGACUUCAUCUCUUGGGGUGGAGGAAAAGGUACAGAAACUAAUGGAGAUGGGUUUUCCUGAAUCUUUGGUGAGGAGUGCUCUAGAGGCUGUUGGUGGCGAUGAAAACAUGGCCCUUGAAAAGCUUUGCUCCAGUUAGGGUGUGGUGCAGCUGCCUACUGAUGAGGAAACUGAAUAUUAUGCAAAGACACUUGAUUAAUCUGAAUAUAAGCCAACUAGUUUAGUCAUGGAUUCAGUAAAUUUUCUCUUAUUUUGGACCGUCUUCCAUUCACUCAGACAUGCCUUUGAUGUCAGUUGCUUCCACCUAAAUUGACUGCAACUUCCGAUCUUUCACAAAUGGAGUUGCUUUUGCUGCUAGAACUAAUUGUCAAUGACGUCUCAGAGUUCAACGUGAAAUAUAUAUAUUUAUACUGUUA